AUGAACAUAUUUUCUGGCGGUCAAAAUUCAAAAUCCCAAAAUGGAGCUGCUCAAGCUGUCAAAAUUCAAAUUGCAGCUUCAGUCAAUGAUCGGAGAAGUGCGAGAUCUGCGUGUAAGAAGAAAGAGUUUCUCUCUUCUUCUUCCACUUUACUACCGGCGAUUUUGCAGGAAAGGGAGCGAUCAGUCACAGAUCACAUUAAUAUCGUCAAUCAGAAACAGAAGCAAACGGAGGAGGAAUACAGCAGAAAAGUGCAGGAGUUACAAGCUGAGCUAGCUUCUUCUAUAGAAACACAGGAGGCUCUAGAGAGGAAGGUGAGUUACAUCCAGAACGACUAUAGUUUGCUGGAAAACAAGCAGAACGAAUUGAAGACUACUAUCCAAAACCUGCUUCAAUCACGAGAAAGUUUCUUAAACUCUUACCAGGAGUCGUUUUGUGAAAUGAAAUGUUCAAUUGAAGCCAGGGAUAGGAAGAUUGGCAUCUUACACCAGAAGAUCUCCUCUCAUUUAGCAUUGUUCGAUUCGAUUGAGAAAGAGGCAUCGAAUCCUAAUGCAUUCACGGCUUCCCGCAAGGCACUGAUCAUAGAAAAUCAGCACUUUAGAAGAGAAAAUAGAAUAUCAGGAAGCAGAAUUGCAGAGCAAGGAGAAUAAAAUAUCAGAGCUUUCCGCUCAGCUGGAAGCAACAAAGAUUAAAAGCGAAUAUAAACUUCAAAUCGAAGAGUUUCAGAAAACUUUGAAGGUCAAAGAUUUAGUUGUAGAGAACUUGAUUGCCGAGAAAGAGGCAUUGCAUUCUGAAGUGAGGAGCUUAGAGAUGAUUUUACUGCGGAUUCAGGAAUCUGUCACCCUUAUGACCAAAGAGGACAGAAGGGUGUUCACAUCAAUACUGACAUUCGAACAAGAUGCCGAUGAAAGAAACAAAAAUUCCAGGUACAAUGAUACAGUUGACAAAAUGGAGGAACUUGCAUGUGAAGCUCCUAUUAUGGGUUCCCAAGAAAAUUCAGUUCCUUUUGCAGUAAACGUGAUUUCAUCAAUGUCUCCACGGUGUCAUCACCAAAACACAGAGUGCAGUUCUAUGCAGGACGAUUGUCAUCAACUGGAUUCGGCUCAGUAUCUGCAUCUUAAAACUGUCAGUGACCACUUUGAGACCAAGGACAAGUGCUGCGAGUUGCCUGAUUAAAGUGUCUAACCACGAUGCUUCAGUGUUUGCAGAGUUGAAGAACCGAAGAAAUUGGUUCAAUAAACUUCAUCGUCGAUGCCUUUUUGGCUUUUGCUUGUUUAUGUUCAUAAUUGUGUUCGUCUCAACUAGUAGUUAUGAAAACUCCAUUAUAACUCGCAAGCUUUUCAUAAUAAUUUCGGUAAUUUUUUAAGAAUUAAUGUAUGCUAAGUUCUUUCAUUUUAUAUUAUGAAUCAUCUCAUUUCGGAACGUUAGAUAUGUAUAGAUAAUACAAAUUUGAGUGGU